AUGUCUGUUCCCAAGAUCCCCAAGAUAGCACUGGAGGAGGCCUUUACUCUUCCAGAACUUGCAAGCAAGAGCAGCGCUUUUGCCGGACCUAACGGAGGUCAGGAUUUGGCCACAGAUCUUGUUGAUAUUCAAGGCCGACGACUGGAAAGGAUGAAAGCUAGCGGUGUUUCUCUCAUGGUCUUGUCGCUCACAUCCCCCGGCCCGCAGGAUGAACCGGACCAAGAAAAAGCUCUAGCUCUAGCGAGACGAGCGAACGACUACCUCGCUGACGAGAUUCAAAAGAACCCUUCUUGUUUUGCUGGACUCGCAUCUCUAAGCAUGCAUGACCCCAAGACUGCCGUGAUUGAAGCUAGACGAGCAGUCAAGGACCUUGGGCUCGUUGGCAUAAUCGUCAAUGACUUUCAGACGGUCAGUGCUGAUGGAGAGCAAGUCGUCUUCUACGACCAACCCCAAUGGGAUGUGUUUUGGAAAGAAGUUACGGAACUCGACGUACCCGUUUACAUCCAUCCUCGCCUCACCACACCGGACGUAUCGAGGAAGUUUCUGGCUGAGAGGCUUGGUCUAAGGGGAAGCGCUUACUUCUUCAGCGUAGGAGUCUCCUUACACGUGCUAGGUCUGUACGUAAAUGGGGUGUUUGAGCGCUUUCCGAAGCUACAAAUCAUCGUCGGACACAUGGGCGAACAUUUGCUUCUACAGCUGUGGAGAAUUGAUCACAGAUUGAGUUAUAAUACCGGCGCCAUGAAACCAAAGACAAAGAAAACAUUUCGGGAGGUGAUGAAGGCAAAUAUCUCUAUCACCACCAGUGGGCACUACGGUACACCUGCAUUGCUCUAUGCAAUCCAAGAAGUCGGAAUCGAUAGGAAAGGUCCGAAAUGGUUCGACGGGAUCACGGAGCUUUCACAGGAGCAAAAAGAACAAAUUGCGUCGGGUAAUGCAAAGAGACUGUUGAAACUGAGCUAA